AUGAGCAAUUCUGACUUUGUGGAGUUUAUUUCCAACCGGCUGGCCACUGCGUCUGAUUGUGGAAAGCCUUUGACAGACCUCGGAUUGGUUCCGUGCAACCUUGCGGUGUUUCGUACCCAUCUGGAGAGUAUUCGGUCUCCGACAGCCAGGCAAAGUCUGCCCCAGAUUCACGCUCGCAUCCCUGGGAAUUCGUAUCUGUCUCUGUCAUCGUCGGAACCGAGCCGGUCAUCUCCGCUAUCUCGGCGCUCUUGCAGACUCAAAUCGCCUGUCCCCCGGAGACCGGAGCCUGAGUCUUCUGCGGGAGAGCAUGCGACCGAUUCCGAGAAUUCUAUCAAUGAUGAAUCGUUCGACGAGCAUGAGGUCGACUCUGGGGAUUCUGAGGACUCUGAAGAGUACGAUCUGGAUGAUGAGUUAUUCGAGGAGUAUGCGACCGCUGCCAGCUCGUUUGAAGCACCAGGAUCCCACAUUGAAGAUACCGGCCCAAUCGAAGGCGAGGACAGGGAUGAAGAAGCUGAUUCUGGUUCGGGUUCAGUGGUCGCAGAGGAGGAGAUGAUCGAUCUUGAUCCUACCCCAAGGCCCAAGAACCCCCCUCUCGCGACGUUUUUGAAACAUGUGUCUAGAGAAAAGAUGCUCCGAUGGCUGACCAGGGAUUUUCUGAAGGGGAGAGAUGGCGACGACGACUUGGCUGACCAUCUUGAGAUCUGCCGUGUGUUGGGUUGGAAUUUUUUCCAAGAGCUUUCCGACUUGGAUGCAGCCAAAGCCCAAGUCCAAGCCCAAGCAUAG